UUUACUUUUGGUCCUGGUUAAGCACCAAAAAUAAUGAGUAAAAUAUUUUCUGAGAAGUAGCGCAGUAAUCAAACUUUUUAAAAUUAAUAUUGAGCUUAUUUUUUCAGAGAAACUUGCUUUUGUAAUGAGGCUUGGCGCCCUCACUCCAUCUCGAACAAAAAAAAGAUGACAUCGGCAGAUUAUUCACAAUUUCAACGGCGGACAAGGAGCCUUAACAGACUUUGCAUUGUAAAAUUCUUCACCGGUAUAAAAACUGCCUCUGUUGACGACAUAUGUACAAGUUUGGCUUCAACAAUAACAACGGCAACUUACUGAGAACCUCUUGUCUGUUGGACGUGCUAAUAUGGAUCAAUUCGACCCAUUUACAGUGCAUCCGGAAUGUAUUCACAGGGCGUCACAAUUUUUCACAUUUUGUUAUGUUACAGCCUUAUUCCGUGAUGGAAUAAAUUAAUUUCCGUCCUCAAAUUCUACACACAAUAUCACAUGACAAUGUGAGAAGGUUUUUCUUAAAAAAAAUAAAAUAGCAAAUGUAUUUAAGAAAAUUAUUUUAAAUAAUCCCAUGUACAUAAGUAUUAACAGCAUUUGCUCAAUACUUUGUGAAUGCACCUUUGGCAGAAAUUACAGCCUCAAGUCUUUUUGAAUCUGAUGCCACAAGCUUGGCACACCUAUCUUUGGGCAGUUUUGCCCAUUCCUCUACUGCAUGGGUGUCAAACUCUGGCCCCGUGUAAUUUCAUUUGGCCCUUGAAGCAAUAUCAAAUUAACAUUAAAGCUGGCCCGCCGGUAUUGUACAGCGGCGGUGUCGCUGUAACACCGCAUUCACCGCUAAUACUCAUACUUGCCAACCCUCACGAUUUUCCGGGAGACUCCCGAAAAACAUUCUCCCGGACAACAAUAUUGGGGGCGUGCCUUAAAGGCACUGCCUUUAGCGCCCUCUACAACCUGUUGUCACGUCCGCUUUUCCUCCAUACAAACAGCGUGCUGACCCAGUCACAUAAUAUAUGCAGCUUCUACACACAGGUAUGUGAAUGCAAGACAUACUUGGUCAACAGCCAUACAGGUCACAAUGAGGGUGGCCGUUUAAACAACUUUAACACUGUUACAAAUAUGCGCCACACUGUGAACCCGCACCAAACAAGAAUGACAAACACAUUUUGUGAGAACAUCCGCACCGUAACACAACAUAAACACAACAGAACAAAUACCCAGAAUCUCUUGCAGCAAUAACUCUUCCGGGAAGCUACAAUAUAACCAUUUAUUUUCAAAUUUAUUAGCCUGUGGAAAAAGUUAAUGUUGAUAUUUUCCCCAGAAGGCUGCAAAUAGGCAUUCAAUUUUUUAUAAAAUGUUUAUUUAAUAUGCCAUUGAUGUUUUUUCUUUUGUUUUUUGAAAGUUGAUUUUGCACUAUUAAGUUAUAUUAGCGUUGCUUGUUCCAUAUUCAGUGUUAAAGCAAGUCAGUGUAGCAAACUGAGCAAUAAUUCUUGAUUUUUUUUUAAUUAUUAUUAUUAUUAUUAUUUGAAACUCGAUUUUGCAUGUCACUAUAAAUUUAUAUAAGCCUUACUUGUUCAAUAUUUAAUGCAAAACUUGUUUGGGUCCCUAUUAAAAGGUUCAUUUGUUCAACCUUGGCCCGCGGCUUUAUUCUGUUUAAACUUUUGGCCCACUCUGUAUUUGAGUUUGACACCCCUGCUCUACUGUGUGAAGUUUGAAUUUCCCCCAGGAAUCAACAAAGUACUUUCAAUUCUAUUCUAUUAAAUUAUAUUCUCCGAUAGUUAGCAAUAAUACAAAUGGACAGAUUUUGAUUAAAUUUGGAGAAAAUAUACAGAGUAGGCCCCCACGACCCCAAAAGGGUAGAAAAUGGAUGGAUGGGAUGGUCCUCAAACAAGUGCUUUUGUAGUUUUUAUUAUCAUUCAUAUAUGAGCUUGUCAAAAUACUCAUUGUUGACAUUGUCAUCAUACAGCCAGCCAUGCAUUUCAAGUUAAUCAAUAUUUACACCGUUUUAGUUUUAGUUAGUUUCCUAAAAAUAACCAAAAUAUAGGAACAUUUUUUUUUUUUUUAUCUUAAUUGCGAUGGUUAUUUUGUAAAGGAAACCUUUAACGUUGAUGCGCAUGCGUGCGCAUGCUCAGUGACGUUGGGUAUCACUUUUUUUUUUUUUUUUUUUUUACGGGUCGCACAUUUUCUCAAAACACCAGCCCUCUGGUCCUUAACUUUCUGGGAACAAUAGUUGAAUAGCACCUUGUGAACGUUUUAAUGUACAUGGGAAUUUUAGCCGAACACUAAUUUACUGUGUGUAGUUGAGGUUUACUUACCUUUUAAUUCGUGCGACGCUUCCAUGGGCGCCCUUUUUAAUAUUUACCCGUUAGGAAGUGACGUCAGUGCAAGUGACACGCGCCUACCAAUCAGAGGCUUUGUUUAAACGUUGCUAUAGCAACCAAGAAGUACGCUGACAAAUGACGCUCAAUGAGUUCAUCGGCAAGUAGAAACCAGACAACGACGACGCAAAAGACGAAGUAAAUUAUAGGAAUGUGUGACGACUCGGUUUGUUGACUUGUGUUAGCCAGCAAGGUAAUUGAAAGCAACACUAUAGGUUUUGCUAAUUACGUUAAAGCAUCAUGGACGCCAGUUCGUUAUCCUACUCCCUGGAGAUGGUUGCUGGUAGCGGGUGCAUUUUGAACUCGGAGCAAAGGGCAGCUCUGCAAACUUCUCUGAUUAUCUUGAAGAAGAACUACAAAUUCAACCGGGUGCUGUUUUGGGGCAAAAUACUCGGAUUAAAAGAGCAUUACUUUAUCGCUCAAGGGAGGAGGGAUGAUGAGCUGAAGGACACGCAGCAUUUUUACAGCUUCAACUGCAUUGACUGGUUCCUUAUCCCCACCACCACAACGGCAAUGAUUGAGGACGUCUCCAAAACGGCGAAGGGCCGAUUCGAAGGUGACCCGUCUUUUGUGUACGAACCAAAGCAGGGAGACAGACUUGACGGCACGGCCGAAGAGUCGACAAACAAAGUGACAGAGGAAACCAGACUCGCUGUGACGGUUCACCUCAUCAACGAGGAAGCGUCUGUGGUGCCACGAGGUGCCUUCAUCACCAGCACGCACGGAGUGGUCCAUAUCAAUCGUAGCUUUGGCGGGCUUUCUUACUCUCAAGCCGGGAAAUUAGAACACUUUCUUCAUUUUGCUCAACCUAAGACCCUGAAAAAGAAGUCCCUCCUGGAGAUGGCUGAGUUGAACCCUGCCUUAGACUUCCUAGAUCCACUGAGUGAGGACAUUCCAAAAGGAUCAUGGAGUCUCCAGUUUGAAGGGGCCAACAAAGUGUGUGUAAUCCGCAGCCUGCUGUGGUUGGGCCUGACCUUCUACCACGUACCCAUGACACCGCUGCACGGAUUUGGCUAUAUUGGAUACGGAACCAAGAACUUGGACCUACCCUUCAUGCUUUAAAAUAUGUUUAUUUUAAAACACAGAUGUCAAACUCAAGGCCUGGCACCAAAUCUGGCCCGCUAAGUUAUUUUAUGCAGCCCGCGAAAGCCUAGAAAUAAUAUGCGUUAAUAAAAUGCUUAAUCUUUUCUUUCUAAAUAUAUUUGUUCUUUCCCUUUUGACAUUCAAAAUCAUGUAUUGCAUGCAAUUGCAUAUAUUUUUUAAAUGUCAUCCAACCUUCA